AUGUAUCCAUGUGAAAGAGCAACAGCGGCGCGACACUGCAGACACGUGGAACCGGCAAAACAGCGGCAAAGCACAGAAUAUGUCUGACAUGGGAAUGGAAGAAAUCCAAGAAAAAUCUCAGCAAGAAGAUAUAGAGGCAACCCCCACUGUGAGUGAAGCUCCAGAUCUUCCAGAGAAGGGCGAUGUCUCUGACCCUGUUCAGGAGCCCAGUAAUCAGGAACAGCUCAACACUGAUGCCAUUAUUGAUGCAGUAAAGCCUGAUUAUGAUGAAAGUGAGCAAGCUCUCGAUCUAAGGGAGGAUGGAUGUCACGCCGAGGAGUAUGGAGGAACCAACAGCAGCAGCUGCCUGCUGGAGAAUGAAAGCUAUGAUGGGGAUCACUUCAACAAUCGACCAACUUCAGCCGAUGGUAUUAGAGCGUCUAAUGGAAAACUGACAUGUGAUAUCUGUGGACUGUCAUGUGUUGGGCCAAAUGUCCUCAUGGUACACAAGCGAAGCCACACUGGUGAGCGUCCAUUUCACUGUAAUCAGUGUGGAGCAUCCUUUACUCAGAAAGGAAAUCUUCUGCGCCACAUAAAACUUCACACUGGCGAAAAGCCCUUCAAAUGCCACCUCUGUAAUUACGCCUGUCGACGCAGAGAUGCUCUGUCAGGUCACCUGCGUACACAUUCCAGUAAGUCGCCUCUCAUUGAUAAGCCCUACAAGUGUAGCUUCUGUGGACGGAGUUAUAAACAGCGCAGCUCCCUUGAAGAGCACAAGGAUCGUUGCCACAGUUACCUGGAGAGUACAGGUGUCUACACUCCAGCAGAGACUGAAGAAGUUCGACAGCACAGCCUGAAGGCAGAGAUGGGAUCCGAGAGAGCUCUGGUCCUGGACAGGCUUGCUAGCAAUGUUGCCAAACGGAAAAGUUCAAUGCCUCAAAAAUUUAUUGGUGAGAAGCAAUUGUGUCUAGGCUACCCUGACCUGCAGUACACCUCAACCCCAUCUUAUGACAAGGAGGGUGAAAUGAUGCAGACCCGUUACAUGGACCAGGCUAUCAAUAAUGCCAUUUCAUACCUGGGGGCAGAAUCAUUGCGACCCCUUGUUCAGACAGCCCCGCCUCCCACGUCAGAGAUGGUGUCUGUCAUCAGCAGCCUUUACCCACUGUCACUCACGCGUUCCGAUGCCCAGAAUGGCCAUACACGAGAAGCAGCCACAGAGAACAGCGGCUCCCAAUUGAAAACAAAGCCCUCUGAAAGAGGGGUGUCCCCCAGCAACAGCUGCCAGGACUCCACAGACACAGAGAGUAACCACGAGGAGCGGCAGAGCCAGGCCUACCUGCAGCAUCAGAUGAUUGCACCCCGAAUAAGAAAUGGGGUCCCCGUCGCCAAAGAGGGUCCCAAACCAUUUGACAUCAUCAAAACAACGGGGGGAUUGGGUCGCGAGAUGUUUAAGGUGAUCACUAACGAGGGCGAACAGGUCAGAGUCUUCAAAUGUGACCACUGUCGAGUGCUGUACCUGGAUUAUGUGAUGUUCACUAUACACAUGGGCUGCCAUGGUUUUCGCGAUCCUUUUGAAUGUAAUGUGUGUGGGUACCGCAGCCAGGACAGAUACGAGUUCUCCUCACAUAUAGCAAGAGGGGAGCACCGUUACUACAGAAAAUGAGCUGCAGAGAUCAUAUUCUAUCCAGGGACCAAAAAAGAACAAAAAUAUUUUUAGACCUCAUGCUUUGCUAUCAUACUUAUCGCUGUAGUUUCUGUGCCUUACUGUGCAUGAAUCUGAAAUCUGUACACCUGCACUUGGGGAAAAGACGUUUCAUUUGUUCAGCAAUAACCAGAAUCACUUGGAGGCAUUACAUUGUAGCAGUAAUGAACUCACCGAGUAACAGAUAAGCAGUAAUGCUAAACACAAGAGUGACUGUACCUUCAGUAAGUGUUAUCCAGGCACAGAGCUGAUUGGACCUGAACAUUGCACAAAAUACCUUCUAAAAGAACAAUGAACCUAACCAAUUAGAACAGUUAAUUUUCAAUAUUCUGUGACUUUCCGUGAAGCAAUAGGCACCAGAUUGAGUUGCCAUCCUCUCAUAAAUCAAUGCUCCUGUGUUAACAGCUGAAGGACAAUGAGGUUAUCCAUCCCACAGUUAAAAUUGUGAGCAAUGUACUUCAUUGCUUCCUCAGGUAUUUAAUCAAGAUCUGCCUGCGCCCCUGUAACCGGAUGUCUUUUGUUCUUUCUGGAAGUUAGUGGAAUUCUGACCUUUCUCACCUCUCUACCAGUUGCUUUGUAACUCUGCUAUCUCUGCAAAGAGUAUUUUUCUCUUGACUCCAUUAACCCAAUCUCUUGGCUUCCACCAGAUGGUUACAACUGUCAAUUCCGACGCUUUCUAUUGUUCAGAACUCAUGUACCAAUCAUGGUAAGAGCUUAUUCCAGUGCCACCUGACACUCAAACACUUGCUACAGUUUGGAGAAAGGUAAUCUCAGAAUUACCUGUCAAAUGGAUGCAUAUCACCAAAUUCUGGCUGCAAGAGGAAGUGUCAUUUAAUUCCAUCCAUGUUGAAGGGAAGAACAGCCCAUAUUCCCACAUUGUAUUGUGCAGUGGAGUGGCAUCAGGCGCUGUAUCCUGCCAUUCAUAGAGAGAAGCAUACCUGAAAAAUAUCAAACCACAGUCAGACAUUUUGUGAUUGCCUUUCUUGUUGCAUUCUUUAUGCUUUUGUAAAUAACAUUGCUUUUAUAUUGUAUAAAGACGGCAGUAUUGGAACAGAACAAAACAGAAGUCUCACAGGUGCCCGUUACAGAGUUGGUGCCUUGUCAGGUUUCAAUUUGUCCCCUUAUUGCUCCAGCUAAAUUGCCAUGAGGACAGCCCCAUGCACUGUGUGCGCAUCAAGCGUGAGCACUCAUUACUAAUUUCUGUAACUACUAGCGGAAUAAUAUUUUGGCACAGACUAGAAGGGCCGAAUGGCCUGUUUUCUGUGCUGUCGUGUUCUAUGGUUCUAUUAGAUAUCCAUUCAUGAAGAGAAUCUAUGUAAUGGUAUAGUUCUGAAUUUGUACAAAUAUUUUAGGAUACCAGCUUCAACAGGCAUCACUAGAAUCUCAUUCUUUACAUUCUAUCCUCAGGGGCGUCAUGUUAAUCUUCGUAUUUCUUUUAUGAAUUUCAUCAUUGUAAUCUUUACACAAUGUUGCUGUAAGAUACUAAGUAUGUAAUUUUAGGCAGCAUGUCUGUGUGUUGCAGGGAAGAUAGGAAUCUCAGGACGUACUGACAAAGCACUUUUAUUUCCCAUUUCCACACAAGUAAAUAGGAAAUGCAGAAAGUGUGCCCUGUAUAAUUGCCUGAUGGUAUUGUUUAGGAGCCACAAUCUAACCUGUGCACAUUCACAGACACUUACAGAUAACAACUACAUUUGAGCAGUGUCACUUUGCAGUAUGACCAAAGUGACACGUGUGGGCUGGCACAGUACCCUCAGCUUACAAGUGAACCCAAGUAUUCCUUUUGUUAAUGUAAAAUUCAGUAUAACACUAGGAAUGGCCUCUUCAGAGUUUAAUGUCCUGCGAUUGGGUAAUCUGGCUUUGGAUUCCCAAUUCUUGCAUUUGGAUCAUUUCUGCUUUAGUUUAUCCUCCUUUCUUGUACACCCUUUCAAGCCUUGCAGACCUGACCAUCUAAUCAUGCAUCUAAUUUCAGCACUGUCAUUCCACAGCCUAUGCCCUGCCGUUGCCCCGGGGAACCCCAGUUACUCUUGCGGUGUUUCUAUACUUGACAAGUUUUACUGGAAGCAUGCAAUUGGAUUCAUCCAGUAAUAUUGCUAGUGGGGAACCCUGAAACCAUUAAUCUCACCUUUGACAGGUUCUGAGCUCACUUACAGUACGAUUUACUGAGAGUACAUCCAACCAAAUAACCUGUUAAGAUUAGAACUUUAGAUAAAUUGUAAAUGUUGAAAGCAUGUUGCUUGAGCUUGCACUGUAGCUCAUAUCAAGCGCAUGGAUUGUACAGUAAAUAAACUUUUUCAGACCUAUCUCAUUUUUUAUACAGACCUAAUGGACUGCAUGAUGCAGGCUGCAAUUACAUGAGCCUAUCCUGUCUAGUCUGAAGCAUAAACUUGUCCUGCUAAUAGAGUUCAUUAACAUAAAUACAUCUCACGAGCAAUAUCUGAUUGUGACAGUUUGUUCACAGUUCUACCGCUUCCAUGGUUCACACCGACAUGGGAUAUAUUGCAUCUCCAACUCAUUAACCCUUCACCUUCUCUAGGCUUUUUUGUCCAUUUAUAACAAAGAACCAAAGGCUCAAAAAAUUAAAAUUGUGGAGAUACACAGCAAUUCUGUCAGCAUCUGAGAAGGAAAAAGUCAAGUUGAUGUGGAGAAUUCUAACCAACAAUCUCAAAUCAGAAUCUUGUGUUUGUCUUUGCUUUCAGAGGUUGAUAGGCGAGCUGUGUUUGAUUUAUUAUUCUGAUAUUGAAGGAUUUUUCACCCUUGAGCAUUCUCUGUUUUGCUUGUGUUGUAGACUGGAGCCUGUCUGCAGAGAGCACAGCUGUCAGAAACAUUUGAUGGAGUGUUGGUGGGAGGAAACAGUGCUGGGCAGGCAGCCUUCUGUAUAGUCCAGCACUUUGCUGAGAUUUAGGUCAGGUUCCAUUAUUAGGGCAGUAAUUGAGACAGCAGACUAAGCAAUCAUUGACCCAUAUCGGAGCAGGGACCCAUGGGAACAGUCUGCGCAAACAGGAAAGCAGAUUCACUGUGCUGUCUGAAAGAACCAGCUGUUGCUGUAAUAAACACCCAAAAUACCCUGUUUCUACUGUGAAUGUAAAUGUGAAACGUUUUUAUAUUUCCUGCUUCACUAGAUUUUACACUAGAUUGACACAGUAAAGUUAUUUCCAACAAAGAUCUUUUUUAUUUUAUAUAGUUUUGUUUUUAACUAUUGAGCUGUGCUUUGUUCGCUUUCUGUAAUAUAAUUCCUUUUAUUUGGAACCAUGUGCGUGUAUUUUUAAUAAUUUGCUGUCAUAAGAAGUGAAUGGAUUCCAUUUGUUUUGUUUCUUUGAAAAUAAAGGUUCCAAGCAUUGACCAUGGCUUCUGAAGCAGCAGUCUCACGAUUGAGUUUCCAUUUCAGUUUGUCAGACUCACUGACAAUGGAAUACUGAUUCAAAGCUUGUUGCUUGUUAUUUAAAAAGCUGGAUUACGAUCAUGUUCAAAAUAGACACCAAUCCUACCAAUUCUGUCCCAGCCAUUGGAAAUUAGCCUCGUCAGAGCAAACAAAAUCCUGAGAUACUCUGCACCAAACCUGCUGGGCUGUACCUGUGAACUCCAGACUCCAAAUAAUCAACAAACCUUUACACUGAAUCCAGUUCGACCCCCACAGUCUUGGUAGUUGUGCCAGUUAAAUUUUAAAAUAUUUACAAGUCUCUCUUUUAAACUUAGCAAGGCCUGUACUUUGCUUGAAGCAAGUUAGCAGCAUUGUAACACACCUUAUUCCAUAAGCGCAUGUGGUGUGAGUGCUUUCAGUACAGUAGUUACAAGAAGUCAUUUUCAGGGUACACCUCACCUGAUCAGAAUAUCUAAUAGAGCAGCAGGGAAAGGACUUCCAAUUGCCUCUUGCUCAGCUGUGCUGUAGGAGUCCUUGCAGUUUGAUCCUGUCUUAAGCAGUCAUGGAUUGGAGGGUCUGAGAUGAAAUCCCAAACUCAGCCGAAGAUCGUUCUUCCUCUGACCAAUCUCAUCUCCCCACUCCCCUCUCCCCAACCUCAAGUCAUGCAACCCCAGACAGAUGGCCACGAGUGAUGUUGGCAUGGGAUUGUCUGAACUUUGAGAAUAAACAGAUAGCUCACUCUCGCUUUGUAACAAUAGCAAGAGCCCACAUCUCUAUGUCAGGACAGAGCCAGACAGAAAAGAUUGGCAUUAAAUAGGUUAAAAUUUGUAGAUUGAGUCAUUCAACAGCUAUCGAAUUGUCAAGUGGUCUCCACGUUUUCAAUCCUUCCUACUGCAGCCCACCCACUCCCAAAGAGGAGGAGCCUCAGAGGCCCGACCUGUGAACCUGACAGCGGUAAAGUUUCACUUUAAUGGUGCAACUAUCAACAGGAGUUUGGUGUUUUGGAUUUUAGUAUCUGUGUCAGCCUGGCAGGGUGGGGAGCACUCUCACCUGAGUCAGGAGGUUCCGUGGGUUCAAAUUCCCUUUCCAGGGACUCGAGCCUAAAAACCUAGGCUGGCUCCCCUGUGCAGUACUGAGGGAGUGCUGCCCUGUUGAAGGGGCAUUCUUUCAGAAGAGACAUUAAACCAAGGCACCACCUGUCCAUUCGAACUCAGGUGGACCUAAUAGAUCCCAUGGCUCUAUUUUGAAGAAGACAUGGGGAAUUCUUCCAAAUGACCCAACUAAUAUUUCUCCCUCAAUCAACAUCACCAAAAAAUAGAUCAUCAGGGUCAUUAUCACAUCGCUGUUUGCGGGAUUUUGCUGUGCACAAAUUGAUGCUCUUGCACAAAGUUUCCUACAUUACAACAGUGUCUACACUUCAAAAAUACUUCAAUUGUCUGUAAAGUGCUUUGGGACAUGCUGAGGUUGUGAAAGGCGCUAUAUAAAUGCAAGACUUUCCAUUUUUGAAUCAUGUUCUUGUGCAAUGCAAGGUUAUGCUAAUUUU